AUGAAAAAGAGUGUCAUUGUUGUCGGAGCAGGACUAUCAGGUCUUCGUGCGGCCCAACUAUUCCAUAAAGCUGGAUACAAGGUUACUGUGCUGGAAGCAGAUAAUCAUAUCGGAGGACGAGUAAUGGGUUUUGAAUUAAAUAACGGACAAAAGGUCGAUGUUGGAGGUCAAUGGAUCGGCAAAACACAAAAACCAAUACUCGAGUUAUUAAACGAGCUCGGCGUCGAGACCUAUGAACAAUACAAUAAAGGUCAAAAAGUACAUUGGCGAAAGAAAUGUUCCAUAAAGACGUUCAGUAGCUCGUCGUCAAUACCGCCAUUGAAUCUCUUUGCUUUACUUGAUCUACAUUUUAAUGUUAUUUCGACUUUGGAUCGAUUGAUGAAAGAUGUUAAUUUGGAUUAUCCGAAAAAAUCAAAAAACGCCGAAUACUGGGAUUCUAUAACUGUUGAGUCAUGGGCAAAAUCAAAAAUUAAAACCACAAGCGCAAAAGAACUAUUGGACGUAGCAAUACGCAUGAUAUUCGGAGCAGAAGCUAAAGAAAUAUCAAUGUUAUUUUUCUUGAUGACUUUAAGAUCCGGAGGCGGAAUCUUAAACUUAUCUGAAACAAGGAAUGGUGCACAAGAAUUCAAAAUCAAAGGGGGCGCAUACAAUCUAGCAUACCUCUUAAAGGAAAAACUUCCGGAAAAUUCCGUGCUUCUCGAACACCAAGUUACUGGCAUUCAGCACGACGAACACCAAGUUACAGUAUUUAGUGGUGAUAAAUCGUUCACAGGAGAUUAUUUAGUGCUUGCUAUUCCGCCGCCGGCACAGUAUAAAAUUGUAAUUGAACCAUCACUUGGGCUGCCGCGUAAUAAAUUAUGUGAAAAGAUAUUCAUGGCUGCUAUGAUAAAAAUAUAUAUAGUCUAUGAAAAAGCUUGGUGGCGUGAAAAAGGAUUUGCUGGCGAGGCAAUUCCAUUUGAUAAUUCAGCAGUCAAAGAUGAUGAUGGAUUGUCGCCUUUUUCAAUGGUGUUCGAUGGAUGUGAUGACAAUUUAUCAGUUACUGCCUUGACAGUAUUUAUCGCUGGGAAACAUGCAAUUGCGCACACAAAGUUACCGCAAGAAGAAACAAAGACCCGAAUUCUCAAUCUUCUCUCGAAAUUAUUUUCUUCAGAAGAUGCAAAGCAGCCAAUCGAGUACAUUGAAAAGAAUUGGUUGUUGGAAGAAUGGAUUGGCGGUGCACCUGUUGGGAUUUGUCCACCGGGAUGUUUAAGCUAUUACGGAGAUGCACUUCGACAACCAGUUGGAAGAAUAUAUUUCGCAGGAACUGAAACAGCACACGCGGAUGUGGGAUACAUGUCUGGUGCGAUACAAGCUGGCGAACGGGUUGUGGCCGAUGUGUUAAAGUAUGAAGGUGUCGAAAUUUAG